UCAUUUUAUUUUAGGUGCAACGGACACCUCUAAUUUCAAAUUACUCUUCCAUACUUUUUACAUCAAUUCCAAUCCUAGACCAUGUCACGUUACACGCUAAAGGAGCUUCAAACGAGGGAGGAACUCGACGCGGUAGUAGAUGUUAUCUUCAAAGCUCAAUAUUCUCCUUAUAUUCCAUCGAGCUCUAUCUUUUUUCCAGUUUCUAGCUACUCAUUGGAGGACCGGGCUGCAGGGGGUCGAUGCGUCCCAAGAACGGUUGUGGAAAGAGCAUUUGGCCGCAGAUCCUGCAACUAAUCAUUGGAUAAUUGUUGAGGAAAAUGCAAUAUCAAAAAUUGUCGGUGGUUGUUUGUGGAAAUGGCAUGAAGGAAAUCCGUUCCCAGACGGUAUUUCGAAGCCAAACGUUUACUGGUGGCCAGAAGGGGAGGCCAAGGAGUUUUGUAAGACAAUCCAUGACGCCAAGGAUCCUAUGGAUGCAUGGUAAGAAUUCUGGUAAGUUUGCAACCCUACCCUAGCAUCCGACUCGUCAUCCGCUUAGCAGCCUAAUCUUUAGGAUUGUGCAUGAUGGUCGUGGACCCUGAUCACAGGUCUCGUGGUGUUGGUAGGUUGAUGGAAUGGGAGAAUACUAGAAUUGACGAAAUGGGAAUAGAAGGUUUCAUUGAGGCCAAUGAGCUUUGCAGGCGCUUUUAUGAGAAGUGAGGAUACCGAGUUUUGAUGAAACUCGAUUUAUUCAUUCCUUCCAAUAAGUCAGACUUGUGGAACAAGCUCGCGCAUGAACUCAAGAUGCCUCCGUGGUACGCCUUAAGUUCCAUCAAUCUGGGUUUAGAUCCGACCGAGCCCGUAUCUAGACAUGUUCCAUCACCUCAAUUUUCUCUUCACAUGCAUUCUUGAUCCUUCAUUCUGAUAAGCAAUCGCUGAUGAGCCUAUGUUUUAGUGUGGCGACUCCUUGGUGGUGUCACGAAAGAGGGCCAACGGAAUCGACCAUGGCAGCCUCUC